AUGUAUUUAAAUCUUGCAGGAGAAGGAGGACAAGCAUGCACAAUGGUGGUGAGAACAACACAUUGGGUGAUUCCGCAUUACUGGAUUUGGGGCCUACCAUUUUUCUUGUUCUACUCAACUAGAGCUGCUCAGUUCCUCCAUGAGAGGCCUAACCAAAGCUUCCUUAGAAAACUCUUUUACCUCUUGUUCUCUCUUCUGCGUGCUGUGGUUUCCAAAUUCAUUGAAUCAUAUGUUAUGUGGAAGCUUCCUCUAAAUAAAUAUGGUCUUAAACCGGACCAUUCUUUUGAAGAAGACUAUGCAUCUUGUCAAAUGGCGUUAGUACCGGAUACUUUCUUUGAAGAAGCAGAUAAAGGGAUGAUCCGGUUUAAGAAAACAUCAAAAUGGUGCUUUUAUUAUAAAGGGAUUGAGUUUGAGGAUGGGACUACGCUAGAAGCUGAUGUUGUGCUACUCGCCACUGGUUAUGAUGGAGACAAGAAACUCAAAGCCAUUAUUCCUGAACCUUUUCGAACUUGCCUUGAGUUCCCAUGCGGUCUCAUGCCCUUGUACAGGGCAACAAUCCAUCCACUGAUACCAAACAUGGGCUUCGUGGGAUACGUUCAAAGUAACUGGAACGUACGCAUCGCAGAGCUAAGUUCCAUGUGGUUAAACCGGCUCAUGGAUGAGAGAUUUAAAUUACCGAGCAAGGAGAAAAUGUUGGACCAAUUCUUUAAAGAAGUGGAAGUGAUGAAAAGGUCAAGCAGAUUCUAUAUAAACCACUGCUUUUCUACUUUCAUUAUCCAACAUGUUGAUGAUCUGUGUAAUGACAUGGGACUCAAUCCUUGGCGAAAAUCCAACUUGUUCCAUGACGUAUUUUGUCCUUAUGGUUCUGAAGAUUAUCGAUUUGAUCAAGAAGAAACUUAA